UAUUUACCUACAUUGCAUCUAUUUGAGAUUACUUAUGGAUUUUUCCCAACUACUGAGACUAAUUGCAUGAGAUUAGCUCUUAAUUAGACUAACCAAACACAAUUACUAUUUAAAUGCUUCUCUCUCUGUGUAUAUAUAUAAUACCUGUGUUUGUCAAUGAAAAUUCACUACCUUCUCACCUUCACCCCAUUCAACAAUCCUCCACAAUACCCCUGACCACCACUGCGGCCACAGCAAUGGCUUCAGAAGGAGGAGAAAAGCCAGAGGUCGGCCACGACCAAGCUCCGGCAGCCUCCACGAAGGUCGACUGGAUCAUCAAGGUGCUCAGGGUGCUUGCAUUUCUACUAACACUGGAUGCUACGCUGGUUAUGGCGCUCAACAAGCAGACGAAGACCUUCACUGUCGCAACGAUCGGAACAGUGCCUCUCCGAGCCACCCUCAGUGCCAAGUUCCAACACACUCCGGCAUUUGUGUUCUUUGUGGUUGCUAAUGCCAAUGCUGCUCUCCACAACUUGCUGAUGCUGGCGGUCGGUUUUGCUGGAUCCAAGCUCAGUCUCAAAGGGCUCGUUCCCUUGGUCGUUCCAGUCUUGGACUUGGUGAACGUGGCUAUUGUCUCCGGUGGUGCAAGCGCGGCGGUGUUCAUGGGGCAGCUAGGGAGGAACGGGAAUUCCCACGCGCGGUGGAACAAAAUAUGCGACAAAUUCGAGAGCUAUUGCAACCGUGGUGGCGCCGCCAUGAUCUCUUCGCUCGUUGGGGUGUUGCUGAUGAUCAUAAUCUGUGCUGUUUCUAUCAUUAGGCUUCGUAAUCACUAUGGUUAUAACAAGCUUGCUCUCAACUCUUCCGUUCUUCCUUAAAUUAGUAAUCUUUCUUGUCUUGUGAUUGUGGUUAUAUAUUUGAUGUUAUAAUAUAAUUGUGUUGUUUUCUUUUUUUUUUUUUUAAGGAAAACAUAUGAUGUUGUUUGAUAUUAAUAUUUUGGUAAUGUUUCUUUU